UAUUAUCGGUGAUCAGAAAAUUCUGAAAAAAAAUCUCAAGGCUAUUGCUUUGGCUUAAUUCUGGCAGCCCUUGUCGUUUCUGGAUCUGUGAUGUUGGCAGAGUAGACAUAUACGACAGAGACUUGGUAUAACUAUGGCGGAAUUAAGUAUUGUGGUGUGCACCUAUAACGUAGCCACAUUGGAUCCACCUAAGGAACUCUUGAAUGACCUCAUCUGGCUGCACACUAGCGAGGCUCCGGACCUCUAUGCCGUGGGCCUUCAAGAGGUCAGCUCCAAACCUCACGAGGUCAUCCAGAGCACCCUCAGCGAUGAUCCCUGGACCGAGGCCAUCUCGACAUGCGUGUGUGAGAAGGGAUACGUUAUGGUGAGUUCCAUCCGACUUCAAGGUAUCGUCCAGCUCUUGUUCGCUCGCAUGGUUCACUUGCCGUUCCUGCGAGACAUACAGACAGACUUCACACGGACGGGCCUGGGAGGCACUUGGGGAAACAAAGGUGCUGUGACUAUUCGACUGGACUGCUACGAACGCUCGCUGUGCCUCAUCAACACACACCUAGCCGCUCACAUGGAGAACUGGGCCGACAGAGACAAAGAAUAUCACACCAUUGUCACUAGUCAAACCUUCUCACAUCCAAAGACUCCAACAGUUCUAGAUCACGACUAUAUCAUCUGGUUUGGCGACCUCAACUACCGCAUCGAGGAUCUCUCGGUUGAUGUCGUCAAGUUUCUCAGUACACCCAAGAAACUCCACGUUCUCCUUGAGAAGGACCAGCUGAAGCUGUCCAUGAGGAGGGGGCAGUCCUUCGAGGGGUUCCGCGAAGGCCCUGUAGCGUUCAUCCCAACCUACAAAUUUGAUUUUCAAACGGACGACUUCGAUACCAGUGCCAAGCAGCGGCCGCCAGCCUGGACAGACCGUGUCCUGUGGAAGGUCCACCCUAAGCAUGCCGGGGAGGAGACGGACUUCUGCGUGACGCAAAUGGCUUACCGUUCCCAUGGAAACGUCAAGUGGAGCGACCAUAAACCAGUCAGCGCUGAGUUCAGAUUAGGGGUCUCCAUGGAAUCAGCGCAGGCAUUGGUAACCUUUGACCCUAUCGAGUCCUGGAGGAGAGGAGAGGAUGCACAGUGUACCUACACGGUGGUCCCAGGCACAAGAACUAGCAACUGGGACUGGGUGGGAUUGUAUAAGGUUGGAUUCCAGACCCCAAGUCGCAGCUAUGUCACUUACGUAUGGGCCGUGCCCAACGGGGAAACGAGACCAGCGUCUGGGUGCCAGGUUACCUUCAAGGCCAGCUACCUCCCCCAAGACAUUUUCUCCAAAUACGUGUUGUGUUACUUUAGUAAGGUCAUGAACUGCGUGUUGGGAGUCAGUAACGUCUUCAGGAUCCUUCCCUCUGAGGAGGACAACAUUCAAUUUGUUGGCUACGAUCUGCAAGGCACAGCAACAGUCCUCCGUGACAUGGCAGGCAUAUGAAAACCACACAGCAGCAGUUACAUAUGUAUGUAGUUUAGUUCAUCACAAGUCCAUCACAGGUCUGGUCACAAAUAAGAUGAAUAAUAUCAAAGGAAUGUCUGUUCAUCAUCAUCACUUGGGGCUUGACUUGACUUGGGGCUGGAUAACUUGAGAUCAUCAGAUCGACUUGAACAGACUUCUAAUGUACUUGUGAUAGACUCCACUACAGUACUGCACAACGGGGAUCAAAUCACGUGGUGUAGACCAGAGCUAGUUCUGAAUGUGUUGUGUUGUAUUGCACUUAUUCCAUACUUUGUUCGGUUUAUUCUCCCACAGUACGUCAGCAUAUUUUAGAAAUAGAAUUUAAGAAGUUUGCUUGUUGAACAAUAACACACAAGCUAGGGAAGGCACUUGUUAGCAUAGAUGCACAGCACAUUAGCAAGUGCUCAAACCCUCAUAAAUAUCAGCUUUAAAUUUCCCAGAUGAUUUGGAUCUUCCCUUUUUAUUCUUUUGGAAAUUUGCAGCAGCACAAUCAACUUGUUUUUCAGUAUUUGCUAGAUUUAGGUACGGUGCGGCUCACACUAUGAAAAUGUUCAAGGUUAAAAAUGCCGUUUGACGGUUAAAUCAGGAAACCACACAUUUUAACCGUGCCGGCGCACGAUUGAAACACGGUUAAAUAAGGGGACCAAAAAGUAUAUGAUUAAAACAGGUGUCUUUUCGGGACUGAUCAGUCAAUCGACCGUGUUUUUAUUAGUGCCUACUUGAUCAUGACUUUGAAAUUCAGAGAACUUUUGCACAAAAGGGGAGGCCACAUUUAGCUCAGUGCUAUGUGCUGAGAAUAUCUCCUAUAAUCUUGCAUUGUCACAUUUCAGAGAUUUCUUGCAUCAUUCUCAACAUGUGUACUUAAAUUAAAACCAAAUUUGCAUAUGUCAUUUAUGCAGGCAAAUAUCAAGUUUUGUAUUUGCAAUAACUUGCCAUAUUUUAUGAGUAGAUUGAUACAAAUAGCUAAAGAAAUGUUUAUGCUUUAUAUAAUUUGUUUUUAAUGAUCUAAAUUUAAAUGAAUAUUUUUAUGAGAAGCUUCAGAAGUUGUUUGGAUUUUAAACAUUUUUACCUGCUCUGCAUAAUUGAGAAAAAGUUAAGCAAAAAAGGAGAGGCAACCAUACAAAACGGCAGCUUAAAAGAGGUCUAACAUUGUGCAGGUCUGAACAAGUCGGUCAGAAAGAUAAAAAAGAAGCUUGUUUUAAAAUAAAAAUUUGGAAAUAAUAUUGAAUGGAUCUGUUUGUAAAUAUAUGCAAAUGUCACGCUACCUGUAAAAAGUGUUUGUAGAAGAAGUGUAACGGGAUUGCUUGUGAUGAAAUUUUUAAGAGUGAUUUUUUUUUGGUGUGAAUUGUGUGAAAAAAAGAAGUUUUUUUUUAAAAGUUAUCAAGGCUGAAAUUGAUGUUGGUUUAAUAUAUGAACGUGUGUAUGCAAUUUGAUUGUUUCAUGUACCCAUCUAUUGUUUAUGUUCUGUAAAACUAUUUUGAUUAAAGCUAUAGAAAACGGUAGCAGAAAUUUACAGAACACUUUGGAGACAAAAAUCACCAGGAACCUGAAACGCUUUUGUUCCGGUCAGAAUGUCUGGAAGUGAACAAGGAGCGCCAUUAUUCAAAUGUCAGACAUUUUGUCAGGAACAAAAGUGUUUUCGUACAUUUCUGGUUCAUUGAAAAUCUUGACAAUGUAAAGAUUGCCCAUAGAUCAGACAAUGAAUGCACUUAGUUUUCUAAUCUCUGAGAACUUUUUCAGACAAAUACGACAAAUACUGACAGUUUUCAAGUUCUGAACUUAAAGGCAAAUAGGAUCAUUUGCUGUUUGUGCAGUGUUUUCGUUUAUAGCAACAAACUUGCUCAAAAACUUAAGAAGGGUCCAGAACAAUUAACUUGUUGAAGUUUCAGCUCAGUUGAUACUGUACAUUUUGAGAAAACAGAGAAAAUGUAACUGGAUUCCGUUGCUAACGCACAUUAAAAACUGUAACCACGGGCACAUUUUCCUAAUUAAAACCACCCUUAUUUAAUAUUUUCUUCUUAAUGAUACCAUUUCAGGCAGACUAAUUUCACAGGGUAUUUGGUACCAGUCCUAUCUUCACUUUGAGAAAGGAUUUUCUCGUUAAAUCGGUGCAUACAUAUCCGGGUAAAUGCCAGUGUUCCAAAACUACCUUUAAACAUCCUCACCCAUUUUUGUUUGGACAAACCCUGUAUAUAAGCUCUAAGGGGUGCCAUUUCAAACUGAUAGUAAUAAGGCUGUGCAAAGUCGAAGAGUUUAUUUAACAGUUGCCUGCAGUGGGCUGCUAUAGUAGGCACAAAGAUUUAAAGCUUAAGACAAACUCUCUCAUGUUUGAAAAACAGUGCUAUUUAAGGUUGUCAAAUUAAGAACACAGUUGUUGAAAUUUAGACUUUUUUUUAGAGUGUGCAGCUCAGAGGAGCAUGUUUAAUAUUAGAAUAUACGUUUAUAUUUAUUCAAGAGUGCAAUAGGAUAAAUGCUGUGUUGCGAAGGAGAUUUAGAUUAUAUUUUGGUUGUGUAGUGAAUUACUUUCAAAUGUUUAAAUUACUAGGAGUUCAUGAAUGGUGCUGUGUAUAAAUGUUUCUUUACUCUUGGUACUUUACCCAGUGUGUUAUAUAUACCAAAACCAUUUCAUAUUUGA